AGGAGAUAAGGAGUCGUGGAUUAGGUCGAAGUACGUCGAGAAGAAGUUCAUCCAGAAGCUGCCUGAGACGGGCAGAACCACCGUGCUGAGGCGCUCGAGCGCCAGGAGAACCCGGGCCACAACCCAGGAGCAUAAUGUUCCACGGCCGGCUCUCAAACCCAAGCCGAACCGGGCCACGCUGCCUCGGCUCACAGGACUCAGCCCCAGUGACAUCCUAAAGAACAACUCAAGCUCUCAUAAAGACUGGGAGGAAAAUGAUGAGGAGGAUCUCAGCGGCCUUCAUCCCGGGGCCUUGUUGUACCGCUCGGCAGCGCUGCAGAACUUUCCCGUCAUGGCCGACGCGCUGGCCCACGGGGCUGACGUCAACUGGGUCAACGUGGCCGAGGAGUCGAGCACGCCGCUGAUACAGGCCGUGUCGGUGAACGCUCUGGCAGCCUGUGAGUUCCUCCUGCAGAAUGGCGCCAACGUCAACCAGGCGGACAGCAACAAGAAAGGGCCGUUGCACCACGCCACCAUCCUGGGCCACACAGGGUUGGUGUGCCUGUUCCUAAAACGAGGAGCCGACUACAACGCCCGAGACAAGAACGGAAACGACCCGAUAGGCAUCGCCGUGGACAACGCCAACGCCGACAUCGUUACUCUGCUGAGGAUCGCCAAGAUGAACAAAGAGAUGCGGGAGAUGGACGGAGCGUUCGGCCAAUCAGGUGAUGAGACGUACCAGGACAUUUUCAGAGACUUUUCACACAUGGCCUCUAAUAACCCGGAGAAGCUGAGACGCCGCAGUGCUGACCCCAAAUCUUAAAAAACACCUCGCGCCCCAUUGUUCGGUCCAGCCCUCAACCCAAGCAAAUACGUGUGUGUUUUUUUUCUUCCCUUCUUCUUUUUACUCAAACGCAGAAAGGUUUGAGCCCUCAGGCAUGCAGACACGUCCAUUCUCUCUCUGGCUACCUUCCACAUGUUGAGCUCAGCUGGUGCCGUCCUCAGAGACGAGGAGGGGGGGGGGG